AUGACAAUCAAAGAAGAACCGAAGACGUUAGAGUUCAAAUGGGGGAAAAAGCGUGGAAAAGGAGGCAAAAAGAGAGACAUACAGUUCUACGAAUCAUUCACCUUGAAUGGUGUUGAUUACGCGCUCUUUGAUACUGUUUAUCUUAAAAAUGGAGCGCAACCUGAACCACCUAUUGGAAAAAUCAUAAAGAUAUGGGAAACUGCUGGUGAAAAGGCUCGGAAAAUUAAGAUUCAGCGGUUCGUUCGUCCUUGUGAGAUCUCAAACCUUUUGACCGGGAUUAAGAUUUAUUAUAAUGAAUUGUUCUUGGCUUGUGGUGAUUCUGAUUGCACUGGACCUGCCAUUAUCAAUCCUGUGGAAUCUGUUGCUGGGAAAUGCAACGUUGUUUGCAUUUCUAAGGACUCUAGGAAUCCACAACCAUCAGAUAAAGCGUUUCGGAAAGCUGGCUUUGUGUUCUAUCGUUACUUUGAUUUUGGGCAGAGUAAAAUAGUGGAGGAAGUGGAUGACAAGAUUGCUGGAAUUGAAGUUAAACAUUUUUUUAACAAAGCGGCAUAG